ACAGGCUCUACAAAUUCCAACACUUGUCUUUCGUUACGCAUGCUCAUCAUGAGACAUAAUUCGUUCGCUUCAUUCCUCUUGCUGGCUCCUGUGGCCACCAUCGCAGCAACUUUGCAUCGGAGAGAGCUCUCUCCUGCUACGGAAUUAAGCGGGAGCUGGACAUACUCUGGUUGUUACGUCGAUUCCGUCGCGGCACGAUCACUCAACUCUGCAUCCCAAGGAGAUGGCACUAGCAUGAGCGCUCAGGCCUGCACUGCCUUUUGUGGUGCACGUGGUUACCCUGUAGCUGGCGUAGAGUACAGCUCAGAAUGCUGGUGUGGUACUGCUCUUCCGUCGCAGGUUGCAACCGACCCUACUACAUGCAACAUGCCUUGUUCGGGUGACGCCACCCAAGUAUGUGGCGGUCCAGAUAGACUGACUGUAUACUCGCGACCUGCAUUUACACGAACUAAGCCAAACCCAACUGGCUGGCAGUCACUCGGAUGCUACACCGAUAACGUUGAUGCUCGUACCCUUUCAGAUAUGCAUGCAGCUGGCGACCAGGUGACGAUUGAGCUGUGUGCUGCUGCUUGUACUGGGUCGAAAUAUUUUGGUGUGGAGUAUGCUAGCGAAUGCUUCUGUGGCGACAGUAUCUUGAAUGGAGGCACGAGUGCGUCAGAUGGAUGCAACAUGCCUUGCAGAGGUGAUACAAGUGAAUUUUGUGGAGGCUCUAACCGUUUGAACUUGUAUCAAGCUGUUCUAUCUCAGCCCUCUCCAGAGCCUUCACCAAGCCCAUCGCCCAGCCCAUCGCCCAGCCCAUCGCCCAGCCCAUCGCCCAGCCCAUCGCCAGAGCCUGUUUGCGCACCCAUGAUUCCGACCGGUGGACAAAUCAUUAACGGUGGUUUCGAACUCGGCCCAACCUGGACACGCAGCUCAUCUAGCAAUGCAAUCUCAAAGGAAGUCUAUGGCCUAGCAUAUGAAGGCUGCUACUCAGAACUCCUUUCACCCAUAUCCUCUGCGGGCACGACUCGGGCGGUUGCUAUAGUAUCCAACGCGGCCAUUACCCCAGGCACCACGCACACCCUUUCCUUCUACCUUGGACGUCGCAGCAGCUCAGCGGCUAAUAAUGCUGUAGUUAACAUGAGGAUAAGUGUUCCAGCGGGUGUAUCAUGGACACAGUCAUUCCAGGCGUGUACGGGCGCUGCAUGCGAUCUUGUGGGUACAGGAGGCACAAUUUGGAGGAGGUAUCAGGCCUCAAUCAACUUCCUUGCUGGUCAGCGCCUACCGCUUACCAUUACUACGAGUUGGUCUGGCGCAACUAAAAUUGACGGUACUGAUGAUGUGUUGAUUGAUGGUAUCUUUAUCACCUAGUUUGUAUAUUCUACUACCCAAGUAAUUAGAGGUGUAAAAGCUCUACACUUCCUUGCGAUUAAAUCUACUAUAUUAAUCAUACAGAAUAUCU